AAGAGAACCCGAGAAAGUGCAUCCAAGGUACGCACUGGAUGUAGCACUUGCAAAGCGCGGCGGGUGAAAUGCGAUGAAGCAAAACCUAUAUGCCGACGUUGCGCCAUGGGAAACCGAUCAUGUGUUUACAAUACCGUGCGUGCUACGCAAUCUCGAAACGUCAUUACGAUAUAUCUACCUCCUGCGCAAACCCAACCGGUGUUUCUUUCCAAUUAUCGCGGCCUCGACUUCUUCCACCAUAAUCUUGCUGCAGAGCUAGAUGGAAAAUUCGAUACAAAGUUCUGGGGCAAGCUGGUAUUGCAACUGUCACACUCUGAGCCAGCAAUUCAACAUGCCGUAUCAGCCAUCAGCAUCAUUUAUCAAGACGUCGAAUCAUCUCUACGGCAUCCGACAGGUUAUGUUAAUGCCAACCUAAGUGCACAUCAGGAGUGGAAUACAGCAGUGAGGAGCCUGUCAGUUCGAAUUCAAGAACACCCUAACUCACAUUUGGUGCCACUGGUCUGCUGCCUUCUAUUUACAUGUAUCGAGCUCCUCAGAGGGAAUAUCCAGUCUACUUUGUUUCAUGUUGAGAAUGGAUUCAAUAUCUUAGCUGCGCUCCGCCAUAAAAACGAUGAAAUCUCGCAUCCGAGGCCCAAUAUCGCACCAAACGAGCGUAAAGCCAUCGAAGAUCAUAUCGUCCCGGUGUUUUUACGUCUAAACGUGCUGUGCUCUCUCACUGGGAGACUAACUCCGCAAAUGUACUCCUCUACAGCUACACAAGAUUCCCCUCAGAAAGACCUUACAGAUUCCAGGCGGCGGCUCUAUGAAGUCUCAGAUACUUGCCUCCGAUUCAUCGGCAAAGCCACUCUUAAGGCAGAUGCGUUCCAAAUUGACUUUGAUGACCUUGUUGAACAAGUUAAACUUCAAACAAGGCUAGACGCAUGGCGCAUCCAGCUAGAUGAACUUCUUCAACGUAUGCAGGCGGCUAGCAGCCCAGCAAACCAAGAUGCGCUCAAUAUACUUUUGGUCCAUUUCAAAGUUAUUUACAUCUGGAUACGAGUAUGCACUACCGCUGGUGAAACCGCUCCAGACUCUUACCACGGCGACUUUGAAGAGCUGUUGCAUUACGCGGAACAAAUUGCCAAGCCAGACACAGGAUUAGUACCACCACCGCUAUCUUUCGAUGUACAAAUCUUAGGACCUUUGUACUACACUGCACUGAAAUGCCGUCAUCCUACCAUACGAAGACGCGCGCUGGAAAUGCUGCAAUCGGCACCUCGGCGGGAAGGGCUCUGGAAUGGCCAUUACGCCUACGUAACCGCCAAACGAGUCAUUGAGCUGGAAGAA